UCUAGGUAUUUUGCUAGUUAGUCAGUGUAUCACUAAAAAGUCAGCUGAGUGUUUGAGAGGCCGGUCCCUAGCUAGCUAGCUAGUUAUUUUAAAUUUACCGACUACUGGUCAACUGGUGAAAAACUGCAGUAAAGGAGCAUUGUUAAUGCUAUCCAACGUUAAUUAGCUAAUACGGAUUACAACCAUUGAUUUCAAUCCUUUUCAAUUCAACAACUACGUUGGCUAGCUAGCUAGCGAUUUAGCUAGCUCACCAAAGUAGGGGAUAGUGUUGCACAGUCUGUAACUUGCUUUCUCCUGCCUAGCUAACAACAUUGCAGUUAUGUCCGCAGCCGGAGACUUCGGGAAUCCUCUAAGGAAAUUUAAAUUGGUUUUUCUUGGUGAGCAGAGCGUGGGGAAGACUUCGUUGAUUACCAGGUUCAUGUAUGACAGCUUCGACAACACCUACCAGGCCACAAUAGGAAUCGAUUUUUUGUCAAAAACCAUGUACCUUGAAGACAGAACAGUGAGGCUGCAGCUUUGGGACACAGCGGGCCAGGAGCGCUUCCGGAGUCUGAUCCCUAGCUACAUACGAGACUCCACAGUGGCCGUGGUAGUCUAUGACAUCACAAACGUCAACUCUUUCCAGCAAACCACAAAAUGGAUUGAUGAUGUCCGAACGGAGAGGGGUAGUGAUGUCAUCAUCAUGCUGGUGGGAAACAAGACGGACCUUGCAGAUAAAAGACAGAUAACCACAGAGGAAGGGGAACAGAGAGCCAAAGAGCUGAAUGUUCUGUUUAUUGAGACAAGUGCAAAGACAGGCUACAAUGUGAAACAGCUGUUCCGACGCGUGGCUGCUGCCCUCCCUGGCAUGGAGAGCACCCAAGACAAGAGCAGAGAAGAUAUGAUUGACAUAAAACUGGAGAAGCCCCCAGAACAGCCAGUCAGCGAAGGAGGCUGUUCCUGCUAACUCCAGCCUCUACAUGUUUCUCCGGCGCUUUGUUGUUCUUGAUCACUCACCCUGGCUUAUUCACGCCCUCCCUGUCUCUCUGUACGUUUCUUCUCGGCUUUAUUGCUCUCUCUCUCUCUAACUCUCUCUGAACUCCUUAAAUUCUGACUCCCUCACCCCAGCCUGAAAGAGAACACUACUUGUCUGCUCAUCCUUGUUGUUGUGGUAACCUGCUGUCUCACUGAGAUGACCUUAAGCUUAAGAAGCACAAUGUGGAUGUCAAUGCUAUUUUAUUUCUGUUGGACUUUUACUGUUUUGGCAAUGGAAAAAGGAAAGUAUUGUUCAAAGAAAUAUGUCCGUUAUUUUUUUUUAAGCACUGUAUCUUUUUUUCUUUAACGUGAAAACGGUUGGCUGCACAGUUGUCAAAUGAUGGCAGCGUGUGAGGGACCUCCGAUAGUCAGUGGUACUGAGUGGAAUGUUUCUGCCAUAAGUGGGUUUGAACGGACUGCUACCGCUCAGCAGCCCUGAAGAACCUCCCCUUCGAACACCUGUCCCACCACAGGGCCGACAGUCUCACUGCAUGGAAAUGUGGUCUGACCAAACAAUGUCGGCAAUCCACAAGAACACACACAGACACACACAGCAUAACAUUCUGUGUGUAACAACACAAGGGCAGGUUCACUACUGUCAGACAGUCCUUUGUUUCUCUCCUUGUUCUCGAAUAAAAGCUAUCAUCACCUUGGCUGCCAUUUUCUAUUAUAUAUUCUGGUUAGAUCUUUACUUUUUCUACAGAGAACAAUUAUUAUCAUAGAUGAAAACAUUGCUUUGGAGAACUGUAGGGUUCACAAAAUGAUUUUUGUAUAUUAAGAAAGUAAUAUUCAACAGAAUGUCAUUAGAUAUGCAGACAGGCCUUUUAAAAGUGUGAAUUGUAGAGGGCUUCCAUUGUUUUGGGUUUUCUGAGCUUUUUUAGCUUUAGUUCAAUGUUAUAUCUACACUUUUUUUCAUUUGUUAUUGAGAAUUAUUUUGCAUUUUCAUUUAAUACACAAUGAAUUGUAAUAUUUAUUUCUACUGGGUCAUGUUUCUUUUUUAUUACAGUUAAUGCUAAUGUGGCUAAUGUUGUUGGGAUGAUCCCCAAAUGGCUAAGUGUUUUGUCAACAACGUAAUUUUUAAACGUGUUCUUCUGGGAAAGUCACUACCCCUUUAAAUCAUGCUGAUUUGAUCCAAUUGAAAAACAGUGCAAUGUGUGUUUGUUGGUCUUUAACCUUCUAUCUUAGGAAUGCUUUGAACUGGAGAUGGAGGUAAACUCACCGCUAUGUGCUGCCCUGUGGCCGUGCACUGAAGCUCAUCAUUUGCACUGCUAGAAUUCAUCAGUGUCUUAUCAUCCCUAAGAGAGGUCUGCAUUUAGUGACUGGAAUCUCCUUCUGCUGUUUGAAUAAUAAAUAGAUACAUGCUAGACAAGGCAAACUGCAAA